CUAAUAGGGAGGGGUGGUCACGCCGAGUCUCGACUCAAAAGCUUCGGCCAUUGCAGUCGCUGUGCAAGUUUACGAUCGUAAAACUCCGAAUAAUCCAGUACACCACCCUCCCCAACAAACAGCGAUGAGUGAGACAGAGACUGCAGUGGAGAAUGCUGAAGACAGCGUCGCCAAAGAGCCCGAAGUAGCUGAGGAGCCGGCGAAAGAACAAGAACCACCGAGCGAUUUGCCAGACACUGCACUCGAACAACCAGCCGAGGCCAGUACUGACAAAAACGGUGAGACAGAGGUAGUAGUAGAGCCACCAAAGAAGAGACAGAAGAAAACUAAGACCCCCCAAAAAGCCCUGAUAGAGCCAAUUCCUAACGAUCGCUACCCGUUUGCUAGAAGUCGAGGAAUCAGGAUCUUUAGCGAUCGCGAGAUUGAAUCCCAGGACGCGGAGAUGACAAGGGAAUACUGGACUUUCUGGAACAUGACGGCAGAGGAGUUAUGCAGUGAUCGGGCUUACAAUGACUGGGGGAAGAGAGACCUCAAGCUUUAUAUUGACGCUGCGUGGAUCAUCCACAAAACCUACAUGCAAGAGGUACUCGAGAGACAGCUAGCCGAAGGUUUGACAGAACUAAACGAGAAACAUGGCUACGCAGAACUUCCUCAACGACUCAAGACUCAAGACCAGAACGUGACCACAUGUCUUUCAAAGCUACAAGAUGCAACUGCCAACUUGAACCAACUCAAUUUAGAGUUGACCAAAGUGCGUGGCAAGCACCUCAAUCUGAAGCAGCGUGUGACAGGAGAGGGUUAUACACGGGAAGCUAAGGAGGAGGAGGUUCGGCAAAGCAAUAGGCAGGUAGGCGAACUAGAGAAGAAUCUGUAUGAAGGCAUGUCUGAGGUUAAACGUCAUCAGGACUCUAUGAAAAAAGCGCUGAACAGAAUGAAGAACUUAAUUUUUAAAGCAAGAUCAGACCGACCUGUACAGGAUGCUUCAACAUCCACUGCAGCUUGCAUUUGAGGUGUAUAGCUCUAUGAAGUGAACCUUGACAUUGAUCCUUGUUCUUGAUCUGUGCCAGCCAUUUAUUCCUCAGGAUGAAAGGAGAAUUCAUUAGAACUUCGAGCAUGGCAUUGCCAAGCCCACAACCAAAAAUCAUGUGCCAGAAAAAUUUAAAUUAUUUAACAAAGUUUUAGUUAGGAAAUUGGUUAGGGUAUAACUUGAAAUAUAGUUAAAUUAAUUCUUUUACAUGUACUAUUCAUAUAAUUGAAUUGAAUUGAAAACAUUACCUUUUGGAGAAUUCAAAAUCAGUUUUAGAAGCGUCCACACCCUUUUCUGGUACAAGAUUGUUGACACCAUUUGUGGAAACUGCUUGAUGUUCUUCUGGAUGUUGUCUUUAGGAAGACAAAAGGGACAUGUCCCUGGCUGGUUACAAGAAUCCAAGGUCCUAUUUUAGAGUUAUACACAGCUGGUGUUUUAAAAAUAGACUUAUUUUCUUUGAGAAUAAGAUUCACUUGAUCCAGUCAUAGCUUCACUAUUUCUUGUAAAAUCUGUUAUGUUGUUGUUAUUAUUAUUAUUUUAUCAUUGAUAAUAUUGAAUGCAUGAAAACCAGGCCUCCAUUGUGUAAGAUGUAAUAAAGCACUUUAUGUCUC